GGGCCAAAUUCUAUCCGCACUUGAAUUAAUCAGCGUCAUCUUGGUUCCCUUUCUUUCUUUUCUCAGUUUUUCUGCUUCAAUUUUAUUUCCCGUUGUAGAACGAUCAUCACUCGAUCAAUUGGUCGAUUAGACUACAAUUUUAGUUGCCACGAUGUUCCGGCAAUCAGCCACCAGACGUGCAACUCUGCUCUUACGGAGUAGCACCAAACCAAGCACAACUACCACCAACUCCAUCACAAACCGCAUCGUAGCUCAACGACGCUUCGCAAGCACUGAAGGAGGAAACGCCUUCGUCCCUAAUCCACCAUCACAAAAACGCCGCAGCUGGAGAAACCGAUUGGUCCGACUAGGUCUAGCCGGAGGCGUCAUCUACUUUUAUAAUACUUCUAUCGUCUUUGCGGAAGAACCUACUCUGUCCCUACGUCCCCAACCCCUCGACUCUGAAGAUGCGCCUACUCUGAGCACGCUUGGCGAGAAAGUUGGUCUUAAAUCGCAUACUGAGCCAACACCGAACUCGACCGAUGUACAAGUCCAGCAGCAGCAAGAAGAAGGGGGACUAGAAGGCUUAGAGAACCAAGCGCAUAAUGAAGGAGCCUUCAACCCGGAAACUGGAGAAAUCAACUGGGAUUGUCCAUGUCUUGGUGGUAUGGCCUACGGGCCAUGUGGUCAAGAGUUCCGUGAGGCGUUUAGUUGCUUCGUCUACUCGCAGGAAGAACCCAAGGGAAUGGAUUGUAUUGAAAAAUUCAAGGGAAUGCAAGACUGCUUCCGCCUACAUCCCGAAGUCUAUGGCUCUGAACUCCAAGAAGACGAAGUCGACGAACAAUUAGCCGAACAAAUCGCCCAACGGGACCGCGAAGAACAAGCCAUUAAAGCUCAGAAAGAACAACAGCAACCACAAACCCAAAGGGAUGUCGGCCUCGCAGACCCAGCAGUAUCAACCCUAAACGAAGCCGAGAAACACGCCGAAACAACAGAAGUCCGCAAAUCGACUGAGGCUGCUCACGCUGCUAGUCAAAAGGAAGAGGAACUCGUUCCCCGAGAAUGUCAUGAGAGUGAUGGUGAGACCAAGACUGAAAAAUAAUUUCUAGUCUUCCCUCUCAUCAAUCAUGAAAUGAAAGGAGCCUCAGAAAG